AGUAGGUCGGAGAGAAGCCUCGCUCCUACGUCGGUCGGCCGCUGGUUGAGCGAGUCUCAGUCAGUCUCGCGAGGAUAUCCCGGGAGUUAACAGGUGUUUGUAGGAGCAGGCCCUCCGUGGAGAGACGUCCGUCUCCUCUGUCUCUUCUUCUCUUUUCUCGUCUCUUCCCUUUCGUCUACCUCGCCAAGAAAUCUGACAGUUCGCCGACGAGACGAUAAUAUCGGUGAUUUUUCGCCAGGAACAUGAGAUCCUGAGGAAGAGUCCUCUCGUGUCGUCCUGUCAUUUUUGUCUUUUUUUAUUUCUCUCGGACGUUGCUAGAGAAGGAGAUCCGCAGGAAAUAUGACGACGAUGAGGAGAUGUCAGAUUAUCUCUCUUAUAUUCUUCGUCGUCUUGACGCUCGGCACGUGCAAUGACGAGCUACCUAAGCCGAGCUACACCAGGACGAUGUUGAAGGUAUCUCGAAGUCUCCCGGGCGAGACGGAAGAGUUACAAGUACGAACGAGCGAGGGCAACUUAGCCACUUUGAUCGUCAAGCGACGAGACAAAUCGUCCUUGGACGAUUCAAAGCUCGCGCCAAAAUCUGCGGAAUCGAACGUCACCGCGGAGAAUAAAAAUGAUUCGAGUACGCGAAAUGAAUCGAAACUUAACGACGACAGAAGCGAGAUCAGCAAGAAAAACGACGCGCGAAGGCUCGAGGAAGCUCAAGUGGCGCAGAUAAAAGCUACAGUUUCCGGAUUGUCGAAGGACGAGAAGUCGGACGUCAAUCAAACCGCGGCGAAAUCGGUGUCCGAGAAGGCUCAACCGAUCGGAUCGAUCGAUUACGGGAAAUGGACUCCGCUAAACGCGGAUGGGAGAGCUCUGAAACAAAUAGAACAAAUAGAAGAAGAAGAGUAUCAAAGUUGGAAACCGUUGCGGACGAAUUCAAAGACGAUGGAGGAGAGAAGCGACGAAGGUGGAAUCGGCACCGGCGCAAUUCUGUUCGCCAGAAACUUCCAAGAUCGGACCCAGACGAAUUUUGAUUCACGCGACAGCAGUAAGAACGAGCGAUCGCUCUACACCUACGUGCCACGUCCGUCCACGAGAACGAAUAUCGGGGCGAAUCUGUCGAAAAAUCGAAGUGGCAAAACUGUACCGGCGGAAGUGAUCGUACGAUCGGAGAUUAACGUGAAGACUACGCCGAAGAGAUCGCCUAUGUCGCUGGAUAUCGAUGGUACUCCGGUGAUCCAUGGCACGAGAGUACCUGACGAACCCAUCGACAAGGUGCAAACUUGGCGAAACGCUCGGAUUAUCAAUAAUAAAUUGAUAACUUUCGAAGGGAGCACUGUAGGAUCCUCCAUCGAGCCUUAUCCAGAUAAUGUCGAGAAGAAGCAGAAAUUUGAUAAGUUCUUCAAAGAUAUCAAUAGAAGAUAUGGACGCAAUUACGAGGAAGAGGGCCGUAGCAACGUAUACUUCGAGUGGGACCCUAGAAAUUACAAGAGCGAAGCUCUGAAAGCCGAGGUGUACGAGCCGCGCAACGAUCAUUACCGCGCGAGCGUUCACAAGCGAAUGCUCCAUCCGGAUAGCAUCGCGACUUAUCCCAUCUCUCAACGUUACACUCCCGAGAGCCAGACGAUCGCGCCCGUAGCCCUGAAACCCGGCGCUCGAGCCCCGGUUCUCCAAUACGCUCAUCCCGAACUGGGUGUGCAACCCGCCAAGAUCCUGAAGAACGAGAAACGCCGGCCCGACAAUUUCCCGGAGAGCCAACACUCGUUCACCGAGCAACGUUACAAGAAGAAAUACGUGCUGAACGACAAGAGCAUCGUCGACAGCUACACGACGAAGAACUACUACCCGAAUCAGCACUUCUACGGCCUGAAACGACCGAGCGAGCCGCCGUUCUGGGUGAAGAUCUCCGAGAACCUGAAGAAUCAGUUCUCCACCGGGGUCGAGAGAGUCUCGCAGUUCACCAGGCCGGUGAUCGAUCCUUUAGUGGAGGCCACCCACAAGAUCUCGCAGAACCUGGGUCUCUCUAACCGGGGCAAGGAGGCCCAGGAUAAAAUCGACACGAUCACUUCCGGGACCAGCAUCCUGAUACCUGCUCUCGGUCUCGUCGCGUCCGGAGCCGCCCUCGGAAUAGGCGCCGUCGCGGUCGGUCGAUACCUCGACGUCGACGUCCUGAAACGAUCGGGCGUGGACGUCGCCGAUCUCGAUCUCGAGCACAAGCGAGCCCUGGAAGCUGGAGCAUACUUGGCGUCGAUCGAGGACGGGAGUUCAAGGUCGAACCAGGCGGCGGCUCCUGCCAUGUACGUUUUACGGGACGUCGCUCAGGACAAAGUGGGAGACGAGAAUACCGGUUCGGUGGAAAGUGAUGGGGUCUUCUUGAUCCUGGAGGACGAGGAUAAGCGGAAUGCCGAGAGGAUCGAGAAUCGAGAGAGCAGGCAGAUGGUGGACGAAGCGGAUUAUGUCGAGACCAAGGAGCGAAGGAAGAGGAGCCUCGAUUAUCUGGACGUAUUUAAGACGGAGGAUGCUGACAUGAGAAAUCUGGUGCGCAGCAAGCGUUUUCAGAGGAAAGGAGCCGAUUCCAUCAGCGAGAUCGUCGAGAUCGACCUGCCUGCUGGUCCGGGUCGCAUUGAUAUCACCGAAUUCCUGAUCCCGAGGAAGAGGAACGAGGAGAGACAUUCGAAUGAAAAUACCAUCCUGAGUGUCGAUAAUGACAGGACGAGGUUGGAGAAUCUUAAGGUGGACGUGUCGGAUCAAAACGCGCUGGAGAGCAACGCGAAAAUUGUUGGGGAUGUCAUCGAUAAUUUGCAGGAUUCGAAAGAGGUUGGUGCACGAAGAGACGAUGUCGAUGCCGCUUUCCUCGUGCUGGACGACAAAUCGCGAAUUCUCGGGAGAGAUCUCGAGAGGGAAGAGAUGAGCAUCAGAAAGUUCGAUGUGGACUUCUUGAAUAAGGAUGAAGGAGAGAGGAGGCGAAAACGCAACGUUCAGGAGAGCGAUCAGGAGCUCCUGGAUGUGUUGCAGAAUUUGGAGAAUGCGGAAGUCGCCGAAGUUGCUCACAUACAGGGCGAUUGGACGAACACGCCUUGCGCGAAGAGGAUAUUUUGCGACGCGUUGCUCCAAAGAGGAUCCGACGCCUCGAUGCUUAUGGAGAAGAAGAUGACAGCGUUAUUAAGAUUAAUUCAGCCUGGGGCAGCUGUCCAAGUGUCCAGUCACUUCGAGGAGGUCAUGAAUGCUGUCAGAAGGCACGAUUGUUCCGUCUUUUUGUGCCCGCAGGCGAGACCCGGCAAUAUAUUCCUUUAGACACACGCGACUACAAUUUUUUUCAUCAUAGUUUUAAUAAUAGUUACUUCGUGAACAUUUCAAUUCACAAAACUGAUCGAGAAACAUGUAACGAAAUAUUUUUGUAUAAUUAUAUCAACGAGUUCUCCGAAUUCUUCAACUAUGUUCGACAGUCGAAAACGAGGAUCCUUUAUGCGCAAUUAAUUUAAAUGUAAUUGUGUUCAAAGAUGCCGAUAUUUUAAAAUAAAUGAAGGAUUAACGCGUUCUCUGUCUAGAAUUCGCGAAAGAAAAAUUGUCAUGUGUAAAAAAUUAUUUUUGAAUAAUUUUUAGAAUUGUUGCGAUUAAAAACUUGGUGAAUAA